UCACUGCGCAUGCGUCACUCAUUCAAGGGCUACACUGUCAUGGCGGUGACGAGCUGAAGCUACCGGGGUAAAUCAGGAAGAGAAUGCAGCGCAGCUGGGUUAACGUUGACGUUUGAGCAAGUCUGAGGAGUUUUUGCCGGGUAGGACCGAGCGGGCAAGCCGUCCUUUUUGUCGACUUCUGCCGGAGAGCUGCUGACGGACUUCCCCCCCCCCCCCCCUUCUCCAGUUUGUGAGUUUUACGCUUCUGCCAAAGCGCGAUACCUGUCAAGUGUCUGGACUCAGUGACAAUAGGAACUUCCACUGCUGUACGGAGAUAUUAAAGUCAUUUGAACGAGCAGAAGGGGACCGGAGGUUAAGGGCGAGCUCUUCUUCACCUGCUCUCCCCUCCGUGUUACCUGCAGCGGACUUCGUCGCGGCUUUUGAACGACAUUAAUCCAUCCGUCUGUGAUCAAGUUACGGACCAGUGGGGAGAGGAGUAGUUCACUGUGGAGUGAAGCGGCGACACGUCCAGUCCCGCAGUGUCAACGGCGAACACGCUAUCUUUGCGCCUUGUUUUGCCCACUUUAGCUAAACUGUUUUGGAUGGGGAGAAAAACGCUUGCUUUGUGUGUCAACAACACCCAGCUGAAGGGCAGAUAGAGCCCUCUUUCUCCUCCUCCCGACGAUCGGCUGCACCAUCCCCAUUGGAAGGGUGAACAGGUGCCUUACCUGUGAACGCACCACCUGUCCCGUUCUUCCUUAGCAAAUGGCUAGCGAGGAGACAGCGGGCGCUGCGCAGCCAGGUGAUGGAAAGGACGGGAGAUCGGGCGCCAUGGCGCUCAACCCCGGAGUGCCCAUCAGGGGGAUCAAGAUGAAAUUCGCCGUGCUUGCUGGCCUGGUGGAAGUUGGGGAAGUUUCCAACCGAGACAUUGUGGAGACGGUGUUCAACCUGCUAGUCGGCGGCCAGUUUGACCUGGAGAUGAACUUCAUCAUCCAAGAACCCGAGAGCAUUGUGUGCAUGGUGGAGCUGUUGGAUAAAUGUGAGCCCACCUGUCAGGCCGAGGUCUGGAGCAUCUUCACCGCCAUCCUCAAGAAGAGCGUCCGCAACCUGCAGGCGUGCACUGAUGUGGGGCUCAUCCAGCUGGUGCUCCAGCGUAUCUCCACCACGGACAGCAUGAUCGCAGACCUACUGGUGGACAUGUUGGGCGUCCUCGCCAGCUACAGCAUCACAGUUAAAGAGCUGAAGCUUUUCUUCAGCAAACUGCAAGGGGAGAAAGGCCAGUGGGUGAGUCAGAGUUAUGCCACAGUGAUCUGUCCUGGUUGUCUGGGACCAGCAUGAGGAAUGUGCGAGCAACACUGCCGUCCCACAGGCCAAUGCCCUCGUCAAAGAGACGAGAUAAAUCACACGACACCGAAAUACUACUCCGCAGCAUGAGGCUGUUCGUGAGAUUACCAAAAAACCUGUUUGUUGUUUUUUUUUUUUUUUUUGCCACAAUGUUAAAAAACUUUGAAGAACAUUAGUUUUCUAAAAUAGGCGUGUUCUUUGUGUGUGUGUGUGUGUGUGUGUGUGUGUGUGUGU